UCAGGGCAGAAGCACCCAGAGCGCAGGUACACAGGGGGAGGAGGGUGGCUCUCUGCACCCUGCAUCGUCUCUCCCUUCAUUUCUCAGCCUCAAUGUCACCUCCUCAAGGAGUCUCACCUGUGGGUCUUAUUCUUUAUUCUCUUUGUUUCUUGACACUGAAGGCAACAUCCUCCAAAGAACAACUUGCGAUUUUUCUUUGUCCUUUAAUUCGUGUGUGUGUGUGUGUGUGUGAGAGUGUGUGUGCGUGUGUGAAGCCCCACGGCAAUGUAGUCACAUAAAGGCAGAAACCAUAACGAUCAUAUUCACAAGAGUAUUCCGAAGGCCCGACACGCCCUUUAGCAUGUUGCCUGAAUGAGCAAAGGCUGCAAGCAGAUCAUAAAGAGCCUUGCAUGCCAAGCUAAGAAGUUUGGACGUAGGCCUGUAGGCAGUGAGAAACAACCGAGGGAAUUUGAUCAAGGGCUACACGUGAUCAGGUUUGCGGUUUGGUUUCCCAGGACAAGGCGGAAGAGGUCGUGGGUGAGGUUAAGUGCAAUAGGCUACAGAGAGAAAACUGAGAAGCAAUUGCCAUGGAAAAGCGUUCAGAGUUUGCUGGCCUAACUUAAGACAUUAAUGCAAAGGAAAGAAAGCAAAGAAAAUUUAAGAAAGAUUUAGGUAGAAUCAUUAGGAGAUGCUCAUGGGUAGCGAGGAAAAGGGAAUAUGACUAAGGUACAUUAAGUAGCCCGGGUUACUCUGUAACCACGGGGGACUGUCCCUAACAAAGCAGAGGGACACCUUGGGAUGUGUCUACAGGAUGUCUAGGAAGGUUUCUUGGAACUCUGAAUCUGAAGAGCAGGGUAGAGAUACAGGACAGGAUUUGGGAGACCUGGGUAGACUCCGAGGCAGACGAGGACUCCCGGAGAGCACAUUUUUUUACUAAGAGAGAAUGACCUAAGCAGGGCAGCCCCCUGGGGGACCCCACCGUUCAAAGGGUGGCUGAAGGCAGAGGAGCCGGGUGUGAGGCUGAGCAAGAGAGUGGUUAAAGAGAAAGACGGCUGGAAGCCAGUGCUGUCAUUGCAACCAGAGAGGGACGGCUGUCUGGCGUGGGUGGGAAGUUCUGUCCCCCCCAUGCCCCACCCCCGGGGAAGAGGAGCAGCGCCAGAUACAGCGGUGGAGACCCAGCCUCGCAAGACCCUCAGCUCCAGCCGGCAGGGUGGCAAGCGCAGCGGGCCAGGUCUUCUGGUGGCUAAAGGAAAGCCAGACGGUGGGACUUUGAGGUGAAAUCUCCGAAUUGGUGAAAGUCAAGUGGAUUAAGAACGGCAUCCACAACUGCCUGCGCAGCCUCCGGCCGUUACAGCCCAGUCCUGAAAGCGCCGCGGCAGGCAGCCGCCGCUGAGCCAUGGCCGAAGGGGAGAUCACAACCUUCACGGCCCUCACCGAGAAGUUUAACCUGCCUCCGGGGAACUACAAGAAGCCCAAGCUCCUCUACUGCAGCAACGGCGGCCACUUCCUGCGCAUCCUUCCCGACGGCACCGUGGAUGGCACGAGAGACAGGAGCGACCAGCACAUUCAGCUGCAGCUCAGUGCGGAAAGCGCGGGGGAGGUGUAUAUAAAGAGCACCCAGACUGGCCGGUACUUGGCCAUGGACGCCGACGGGCUUUUAUACGGCUCACAAACACCAAAUGAGGAAUGUUUGUUCCUGGAAAGGCUGGAGGAAAACCAUUACAACACCUACGUAUCCAAGAAGCACGCAGAGAAGAAUUGGUUUGUUGGCCUCAAGAAGAAUGGAAGUUGCAAACGCGGCCCCCGGACUCACUAUGGCCAGAAAGCAAUCUUGUUUCUGCCCCUGCCAGUCUCCUCUGAUUAAAAAAGUCUCUUCUGGGUGCUGAUUGCUCCAGAGGAGCCUCAAGAGGUCCUCACCUGGCUGACCCAAAAAUGUUCCCUUGACCAUUGGCUGCACUAACCCCCAGCCCACAGAGCCUGAACUUGUAAGCAACGCGCUUCUAAAUGCCCAGUCCUCCUUUUUGCACAGCCCUUUACCCCAGCACAGUUUGGAACAGAGGGACCAAAUUGCUUCUAGGGGCCAAUUGGCUGGGCAGUCUGGGUCUGGGUUUGGAUGUCCAGUUGCCUCUGGGCACCAGGUACAGGCUGAGCCCCUCGGUGCAAAGGUGGGGCCAAAGGCAGCGUGUUAAGGGGACUGCCCAGUGGGUCAUUAGCAACUGCACGCCAUUCCCUUCCACUGAGUAGACCCCGUCUGCAAUUCCCCCAAACAUCUGGCAUGACUCCCUUUUGCCCUUUCAGUACCCAACAAGUCCUAGCAAAGCAGACUACAGCUAGGUUAGAGGAAGGCAGCAUCCCACUAGCAGAAACCGGGCCAAAAAAUUCCUCCUCAAGAACAGAGGGGAUUUAGGGCAGAAAGGGGAGACUGGAUUCUGGCGGACAACUAAGGAGGGUAGGAUCCCAAUGCAGAAUCCAUGAAGGAGGGGAGGCUCAGCCACAGAAAAGCAGGAUAACUCCGCAGCCCUGGGAGCAGUCAUUCCCAUGCCUGACCUUCCUAAGGUUAUGCAGCAGCAGGAAGCCCCCCCAUGACGUCAGGUGGAGAGCACGAGAAGUGGUUUCUUGAUAAAGGCGAGGACAUCGGGCGUCGGGAAAUUCAUCUGGGUCUGGAGACUGGGGAUGGGAGUGAUGGGGAGGAAAGGGGAGCAAUGGCUGAGGGAUGUUGUCCUCUACAGAGGGUGAUUUUGGAAGCGAGAUGGAGAGAGAAAGUGACGCCGUGAGUUGAGCGCGGCCACCCAUAAGCAGAGGCUUUGGGGUCCUAGCAAGGUGCUUCCCCAACUCUGAUGUGCUUGCAAAUGGUCCAGGCGUCGGCUUUGAAUGCAGGUUCUGAGUCAGUGGGUCUGGGGUGGAGUUGCUGCGUUUCCAACAGGCUCCCAGGUGCGGAAGAUGCUGCUGCCUUUCCCAACCAUACUCUAAGGAGCACGGUGCAGGUCCUGAAGCAAGUUAUACAAGUGAAGGCAGCUCAAAUCCCCGGCCCUGGCUCACUCAGCCUCGCCCUUGCAAACGCACACCCGGGAGUCUGUCCCAGCCUUCCCGCAGCAUGGACCACGGUCACACCUGUGUUAAGGAGCAUGGCUUGAAGGCGCUUUGGCCCAAUGCCUAUAAGAUGCCCACUUACAAGAUAUACAAAAGCAUACUUCAAAAAUGUCAAGCCCUCACAAACCGCUUUUCCCAAGAGACCAUUUGUGUUACCAUUACUUGUAUAAAUGCGCUUCCUGCUUAAAGGAAACUUGACCCAAGUGGCUGGCAAAUUAGAAACACCGUUCAUCUCUGACAUGAGAUACUGAUGCCAUCCAUGUAAAUGCCUUUAAUAAGCCAUUUAAAUUUACUGUGAGACUGUGUGUUUUAAUCAUAUUUGGAAAUAUAUAGCUCAAAAGCAGUUAAACUGAUUAGCAUCAGCCACUGAGAAUAAUAGGAUACAAUGUAUAAGUUACUCAAUUAUCUAAUACUUUUAUCUAAUUAUCUAAUACUACAUUCGCCUAUAAAAUGAGAUUUUCCUUUGUUUUCCACUGUGCUAUUACAAAUCUUCUUUGGAAAAUGGGGACUCUUAAGUAGUGUUAUGAUAACUGUAGAAAAAAACCAGUAAGAGUGUUUGCUCAAGUUUUAUAAGGAAUUGAAGUAAUUAUUAAUUGAAAACUAAUUCCUUAGUAAUUGAACUGUCAUAUUUAGAAUGAAAGAAAAAUUGACAAUCUGUGAAAGUUCAAAGCAAUAGGACAACUGAACUAAGUAAGCUAACAUUAUGGUCAAUAAUAGCAUUCUACAAUUGUACAGCAAAAUGAUUUCAUAAUUCUUUGUUUUUGUAACUAAGAUGAAUCUAUAUCAUUUUAGUAAACCUUUGCAGGCAAAUUGGGGAUAAUGCAGUGUGGCUUCAUGUCUCUUCAGUAUGAAGAUUUGGCCAGAAAAAAGGUACCCAGAGAGGAAAUCUAAGGUAUUUAUCUGUAAUGGUCCAUUUGUAUAAAUCGAAUUCCAACAUAACACUGGACAAGUAAAAGCAAAUACCAUUGCUAACAAUGAGAUGGAAGUGUGUGGUUUCACAGAUGUGAAGCACUGUAGUGGAAACACCAUUGUGACAUCAACGGUCUCAGCCCAGCCAUCAUUCGCGUGUCUCUUCGAUGAAUGUUAAGUGCCUACCGCCUGCCAGGCACUGCACUGGGUACUGGGACCCCUGGGGACCUUGUCUGUCUGGUUUGCUGCUGUAUCCUCUCCCAGGGCAUUAUAUUUAUGACGAAAGAGGCUGUGGGUUCAUUUCUUUCAGUCAAGUAUAAACACAGACUUUGUAGGUUCUCGCUAAGAAAAAAACAGUACGUCCCAGAAAUCCAGGUUUUGUAAGAAUUAGCAACCCCCAGCCUAAGAUAAACCCCUAUCUAAGCAUCAGGGGACAUGGCAAGGGAAACGUGACAUUGUCAACUUUAGAACCUGGUUAGGGGCACUGGCCUCAAAUGAGGAAAAGAACCUGCCAGAUCUCCUAAGAAGAGAGCAGUGGGUAGUUCCCUGCUUGGUUUGGAACACGCUCUAGUUCAUGAAACAUGGGAACAUUCCCAUUGCUCUCCUCCACCUUAAGUAAGUCUUGUAGCCAUCUGCCUGUCACCUGCCUGUGAUGUGGACUCAUUUUCAGGCCAGCUCUGUACAAAGCCUGGGCAGCAAGUGUGCUUUUGGCUGUUUGCAAUGCCGUGGUGGAGGAGGUGGUUACCUGUUUCCUCAGCCGGCGUGAUGAUACUGAACGCUAUAUGGCCGACCGUGUGUGUGCAGAGAAAGCUGCUUGGAGCAUCAGCUACUGCUGAAGAACAAGGUCCUUGCAUUGUGUCAGAGGCAAUGGAGCCCAAGUCCUCUGCCACAUAGAGUGUACUGCCUGCAACCAAGCUCACCGGCUGCGAGCAGACUUCUGGGGAAGACGCCUGCCAUUUUACAUCACUGUCUUCUUGUGUGUGUGUGUGUCACAGUCUGCGCCUUACAAAUAUUAAUAAAUGCUCCACUAAUCGGUGA